GUAAUACCCUUAUCACCAUGCAAGAUACGAGGAGAACUGAUAUGAAACUACUAGAAGGAGGUGUCUUAAAAGAAGCAGAAGAGACCAUCAAAGCUGAUCAUGUCGGAAACAACCCUGAAACUGAUUCAGAUUCAGCCACUGCUCUGCAACUUUUUCUUGAUCGUAUCCCCAUUAACAAUUCAAUCCCUGGCAUUAAAAACUCACCUGUUGUGGAAUUGAAAACUGGGGAUACUGUGAAGGAUGCAAUUGAGUUUUUGUAUUCAAAGAAUGCCUUCGGUGCUCCCAUUGUUGAUGUUUUAGACCCUGAAAUCCCAUUAACCAGAUUCCCAGAUGGCUACAUUGGUUUCCUUGAUUUUGCCACCUUGGUUCUCUGGUCCCUUCAGGUAUGUAUGUGUGUGUGUGUGUGUGUGUCUGUGUGGUUAUGCUCUUUUGCAAAAUGCUAG